AUGGUUUUUGAUCUCUAUCGUUGCAAUGAUAGCCCAAAUUCUUCCCCUCAACAACCACCUUCCUAUCAAACAUAUCAUCAUUUUCAUACCCUUCAUAUCGGUUUGAUUGCCAUGGCGUGCUUUGUUACGACGGUUAUGCUCUUUUUAACCUUUGUCAUAUGGCUAAGGAGAUAUAACCAUGACAAUGACCGCGAUAGGAGAAUCAUGCCGAUAUUGUUUGACGUCCAUGGUUAUAGAGAUUCUACAACUAAUGGUCGUGAUGAUGAUGAUGAUGGGAGCGUUGUUGAUCACCCGAUAUGGUUCAUUCGAACUACAGGCCUUCAAGAAUCUGUGAUAGAUUCUAUUGCAGUUUUGAAAUAUAGAAAAAACGAAGGACUUGUUGAUGGGACAGACUGUUCUGUUUGUCUUGGUGAGUUUCAAGAGGAUGAGAGUCUCAGGAUUUUGCCUAAGUGUAGCCAUGCUUUUCAUAUUCUGUGUAUUGAUACUUGGCUUCGAUCGCAUCAGACUUGUCCGUUGUGCCGGGCUCCUGUGAUCAAUGAGGCUGCUGCAGAGGUGAGUGUUAUGGUCACUGGCAGUGAACAGGUUGUUCCAAAUGUUUCUGGGGAGAGUCGGAACCAAGAAGGACGAAUAGAAAAUUUUGAUAAUGUUGUUGUGGAAGGAAUAGGAUUAGGAGAAUUUCAGGUUGUUAGAAUUGAUAAUGAUUAUGAUAGUGCUUCUGUUGGUGUUUCAUCUAGUGAAAGAUCAUAUAAAAAUAACACUACGUAG